AAGCCGACAGAGAGACAUUGGAUUAGAAAGGGCUUGAAAGCAUGUGGGCUUCCUCAUCUUCUCUUCUCUAAAUAUAAAACGUCCGUCUUUGAUUUCAUUUUAACUGUCCUUUUUCUUUUCUCUUAUUUAUUUAUCAUUUCAAGAUUAACCCAGAUUGUUUUGCUUUCAAAAGAAGUGAUUUUUUUCGUGUUUCUUGUUAGCCUUUGCAUAUUUUUAAUAUUCAUAUAUUUGGUUGGUCUUUUAUUUCUUUUCAGAAAAUUUUUUCAUUGUCAGGAGCACAAAAUUUUAUCUCUCAAAGAGAAAGGCCAUUGCUUUUUGUUUCCUUUUAGUUGAACUCAAUGAUUUGAGAUUGGAAUAAAAACAAAAAACUGAUAUAUAGAUAGAGAGAGAGAUAUAUUGUUAAUGGAAGAAGAGAAAGGCAGUAGCAAGUUCAAAAGAGUAUGUGUUUUCUGUGGAAGCAACUCUGGCCGUAGAAAAGUCUUCAGUGAUGCUGCUCUUGAAUUGGGCAAUGAACUGGUAAAGAGGAAGAUAGACUUGGUGUAUGGUGGGGGAAGUGUUGGGUUGAUGGGUUUGAUAUCCCAGACAGUGUAUGAUGGAGGUUGUCAUGUUCUUGGGAUAAUUCCAAAAGCUCUCAUGCCUUUUGAGAUAUCAGGAGAAACGGUUGGAGAAGUGAGAACUGUUUUAGACAUGCAUGAGCGCAAGGCUGAAAUGGCCCGAGAAGCGGAUGCCUUUAUUGCUCUUCCUGGUGGAUAUGGAACAAUGGAAGAGUUGCUGGAGAUGAUAACAUGGUCCCAUCUUGGAAUACAUAAGAAAACAGUUGGUUUGCUAAAUGUUGAUGGUUACUACAAUAAUUUGCUUGCUUUAUUCGACAACGGUGUCGAAGAGGGUUUCAUCAAGCCAGGUGCUAGGCAUAUAAUUGUCUCUGCUCCAACGGCCAAUGAACUUUUGGAGAAGAUGGAGGAAAUUUGGCAGCAAUACACACCUUCACAUGAACAUGUGGCUCCUCAAGAAAGCUGGCAGAUGGAGCAACUUGGUGAUUAUCCAAAGCAAGUAAAUGCACAAUAAAGCAUUGAUGGUAGGUUUCCCACUGUUGUCUGAUGUGAUUCAUCAUCAUUGAGUUGUGUACAAUAAUCUAUUUGGAUGGACCAAAUGUUGGUCGUUUACCAUGUACUUUUAUCACCAUAAAAAAAGGGAUUUAAUCCUAAUACAUUCACUGAUUUAUGGCCAAUUAAACUGCUAUAGAUCUUUUUGUCA